GUGGUUCCGCAGAAGCCAGGGCGGAUCAUAAAGACUGUAUGCCCUCGGUCUUCUCACCUCUGUAGACGCUUCGGCUGUCCCCUGAUGGCUCCACUAGUCUUUUAAGGGGGCUAGCGAGCAAAGGCAGAAUGGCUUCCUUUGGGUGGAAGAGGAAAAUUGGAGAGAAGGUCUCAAAGGCCACCUCCCAGCAGUUUGAGGCUGAAGCUGCUGGUGAGAAGGAUGUCGUUCAGAAUGAGGAAGGGAGCUGGCUCCAGGCCAGUAAACGGAGGAAGGAAGCUCUUCAGGAAGGCUGUGCUCAGAAGAGCAAACAGCUGAAGGAUGAAGGAGCCAGCUUGGCUGAAAAUAAAAGGUAUCGGGAAGCAAUUCAGAAGUGGGAUGAAGCUCUUCAGCUGACCCCGAAUGAUGCCUCCCUGUACGAGAUGAAAGCACAGGUCCUAAUGUCUCUUCAUGAAAUGUUCCCAGCGGUCCAUGCAGCAGAAAUGGCUGUCCAGCGCAAUCCACAUUCGUGGGAGUCUUGGCAGACUUUGGGUCGUGCUCAGCUUGGAUUAGGAGAGAUAAUCCUGGCAAUUCGCAGUUUUCAGGUAGCGCUUCACAUCUACCCUAUGAACCCAGAGCUCUGGAGGGAAGACCUUUCCUGGGCGAGAGCGCUCCAGGAGCAGCAGAAGGCGGCGCGCAGGGUGGACAGCAGCGAAGCCUGCGCUCAAGUAGCCCGGCCCUCACCACAGCCCGUCCCCGACUAUGACUUCGAAAGUGACGAGAUUGUGGCGGUUUGUGCAGCCAUUGCCGAAAAAGAGAAGACAGUUUCAGCCAAUAAAACCAUGGUGAUUGUGUCGGCUUCUGGGACUGUGGAGACUGUCACGGAGGAGGAGGAUGCCACCCCACCAGAUGGCGCCUUCUUCAUCAAAGCUCGAUGAAGGAGCUUGUGUCCCGAGAAGUUACUGAGUCUGUCUUUGUGCUACUCAAUGUUUAGACAUUUGCUAUGGAGAAAGGCAGAAUUCCUGUUUGUAUUUCAGUUUUUCAGAUGAGACAUAAAACUUAAGUGGCAGAGUGGCUCCACAGUGUUUAUGCUUUCAUAAGUUGUGAUAUAUACUUGAUUAGAAACUUAAGAUAAUGUUUUGAUCGAUAAACUUGGUUUAAUUAAAAUACAUGAAUGAAAACAUCUUAAAGACACACUUGGAAAGUGUAUUCCAGAAUAGGAAAUAACUUGAUAGUGUCAUUAAAAUGUCAACUCACUGAGUUUUGUUUUAUGAUCAAGGAUUCUUUCCCUCCUAGAGAUAUGCUGUGGUCACUGUUGGCUCUUCCAUUUUUCUUCCUUCCCUGAAAAUGUCAGUCUUCAUCAAGCCUGAAUGUUUCUGACAUUCAUUUUGAUCCAAGGCUAUCAUUUGGUUUAAAAGUUUGGCUGAAAAAUGCAUGUAAAUAAGUGUAUCCUGAACAUUUUCUUCGAGUUUCUCUUAAUUCUGAUUUGUAUUUCUGUUUUGAUUUUAAAGUUUAACAGUGGUGGUUAUCUUCAGUAUUGGUUAAGUGUAUGAAAUACUGGUAAGUCAGAAUGAUUGUUUUAUUAUUAGGGUAGAAUAGUCCUUAUCACAGCAAAUCAUUUUUAAAGAUGAAUGACACUUACAGAAAUGUCUCUAAAUUGUACCUCUACAUCAUUCUAGCCCAAAGCAGCAUUCCUUUCUUUCAUGUGUGUCCUAGAGUUUUCUACAUGCUAGGCAAACACUAUGCCACUGAGCGACUUCUCUAGCCCUCUAUUCUGAGACAUACGAGGAAUCCUGAAAAUACUUGCUUUUUCCUUUGUUUUUCUGAGAUGGUUGGCAAUCCUCCCUUAGCCUUCCAUGUACAGGUGAGCCACCACACCAGUCCAACCCUUCUUGCUUUUAACUCUCCAGUUGAUGAUUUGAAAUUAAUUUUUUAAAUAGCUUUUUGGGAACUAUUAAAUGAUAUUAAAGAGUGAGACCCUAUCUUGAAAAAAACAAAAAAAAAAAUCAAUGAAUAAUUACAAUUUUAAGUAGGCAAAGUGUGUCUUUUUAAAAAAGUAGGGGUUUUAUUAGGAUGACACUGUGUGAUUAACUUAAGCAAAACUAUAUAGAAUCUGGAAUGUGAUUUAUGGGAUAAUAGUCCCAUGAAUAUGAGAGGGAUAUAUUAAAGAAACAGUUUAUUACUGGAGAUAUUGGCAGAUGUCUUUAAGCACUAGGGAGGGUAAAGCAGGAGAAUCUCAAAUUCAGCUAGCCAGUCUAUGUAGCAUGUCCUUGCCCAACACAAAGUAGAACAAGGCAAAAAAAGGGAAAACACUGGUUUACUAAAGGCCACGGUCACAGCCACAAGCCAGUACUGUUAUUGCUGAUGUGAGUUCCACUGUAGUACAGUCAUGUUGAACUGGUGGAUGCUGUUAUUUCUGACACUCAGGAAGAUGUUAUUGGUGUAAUUUUCUAUGUUAGAGAUGAAAGUUCCUUUGUGUUAGGAAUUAACACUGUUGGAACAUGUAAGUAAUGGCCUACAUCUUUGUGAGGAUGACUUUCGAGAAUUUUGUUCUAGGAAAAUGUUGAUUUCUUUGUUUCCAGAGUUGAAGAAAUCAGCAAUUGCCUUAAGAGGGAUUGUAUUUCCCCCAUAAAUUAUAUCAUCAGAAAGCUAACUCCUGAUUAGGGAGGCCAGUUUUACAGCGAUCAGAAAUUUUUAUUUUGUUAAAUAGCAAAGACUAUUCUCACUGGGUAGCUAGGUUUCUACAGGAGUGACUAUCUAACCUGUUGUUUCAUGUAAUGAAUGUUUGUUUCUUGUGUAAUUUGUGAAUAGUUUUUUCUUCAUUUUGGAUAUUUUUCUGUCACUAUUGAAAAAUUUAGAUAAUUUCCCUUUUUUUUUUUUGGUAUGUUUAUAAGAGAUAUAUUUCAGCAAUAGGCAUGGCUCCUCAAAUGUGAUCUGUUUAGGUGAUGCAGUUUCUCUGAUGGAAGACUUGAUUAGUCUCAGGUUUUCUGAUUCUAGGAAAGGAAAAUGGUGAACUUUUUCAUAGUCUUUGUUUAUCUGAGAGAGGUCACUGUAGUACAGGAUAGGUGGUUCUUAGGUGGAGAUUGUUCUUUCCAGAAAGUCUGUGCCUCAACCUCAAAAGAGGCAAGACCCAGCAUGGGGUGAGUACGUGCAGCCACCAGACUGUGGAAGAAACUGCUUCUUCUGUAUUGGCCUUGCUGGGUCAGGUUAUAAUGGACAUAAGAUAUGAGAUUGACGUAGGAUGGAGGAGAAGAAUAACCAAAAAGGAAGGCUCAUUUCUCGAGAUCUUAAAGGUGCCCAUUUUCAUUAAUACUUUGCCAUGCAUGAAGAAGACACACCCAUCAUUUUGCAAGGAUGUGAAUAGUGAUAUUCAGAAGUUUACUAAUUUUAUUAAUUAUAUUUUUAUGAAUCUGGAUAGAUGUUCAUGAUAGAUAUAUAAUUAUUGGUGUUUGAUACAUUUUCUCAAGUAACAAUGAUUUUUAAUGUUCAAAUUAUACUGAAUAUAAUUUAUGUUCUUAUUAUUUGAAAAUCGUAUGGUAUAGACAGUCAUUAGUCAGUACACUACACAUCAGACCAUAUCUCAUAGCAUGAGGCUCAUAUUCUUCAGAAUACAGGCUCCUAGAUUAUCAAGCAUUCUCUUAAAUAUGCAAACAAACAUGAUAUUGGAAAGUCACAGAGAA